AUGCAACGUCCACCAUUACCAACACCAAAUCGUAAUCGUAUUCGUCCACAACAAACUCCAACAUCUCAUCAACGUGGUCUUGUACGAUUUAGUACACCAAAAGCAUCACCACGUCGUUCACCAGCUACACAAAUUCUUCAAUCAAACAAUGGUACUUUAUGGGAUACAUAUGGUCUUGAUGAAAAUUCUUUAACAAUACGUUUUCUUUAUUCAAAUUUACUUUUACUUGGUAUUGAAUGUUCACCAAUAUUUUGUCGCUAUCGUACUGGACAACAACAACAACAAAUAUCAAUAGAUGAAUUAUCAAAUUCAACUGAACUUAUUCGUCUUGUAACACAUUUUCUUCUUUUAACAUAUUUAUCUGAUGCACAACAAACACAAUAUCUACGUGAUACAACACAUUGUUUUCCACCAAUGGCUAUUGAUAAACAACAAGAAUUCAAUCGCAUUGUUAAACAACAUUUUAAAUUAUUAUCUGAAAGUUAUCAACAAUAUCCAUGGCCUCAAUUAAUUCCAGUUCCAUCAUGUUCAUCACGUUAUUUUAUUUGUGUAUUUUAUUUAUCUCAAUUAUGUUUAAUACAUCGUUUAGAACCAAUUGAUAUUCAAGAACGUUUUUUAACAAAUGAAAAUUUUCAAAAUGUUGAUUUAACAAAAGAACGUCUUAAACGACAAAUUCGUAUGAUUAAAGCUGAUACACAACGACAUUAUAUGAUGUUUUUUAGUAAAAUAGCUAAUGAAAAACGUGAACGUAUUGAAUAUGAAAAAACAAAAUAUGAAUUAGAUGAACGCAUAUAUAAAUUAAUCAAUUAUUUAGAAAAAAUUAAAGAAAAAACUCAAAUUAUUGAUGGAUCAUUUGAUGAGUCACAAAUUAUUGAUGAAAACCAAUUUGAGAUAUUUUCAAAUUUAGUUCGAGAUCUUCAUAGAAGAAUUAAUUCAGAUAUAUAUAAUAAAUUAGAAUGGUUUAUUAAACAUAGUUUAUCAACAUCAUUACCAUCCAUGGGUGUUGAUAUUGGUUUAUUACCAAAUAUAUGCCAACAAGUACAUGAUAUUGUCAAUAAACAAGAAAAUAUUUCAAAUCGAAUAAGUCAAUUAUAUAUAAGAUUUAGUGAAACAUCAUCAUCAACAUCUACAACAGUUACUCUUAAUGACCUUAUACAAACAGCUAAUAUUUGUCUUGAAAAGCGUCUUACAUCUCAUUCACUAUCAGAUGAAAAUUUUGCUAAACUUAAAUUAGCACUUGAACAAAUGAAUACAACAAUUGAACGCACUGAACAAGUACAUAAAACACUUGAUCAUUUAAAACAUUUACCUAAACAUAUUAAUCGUUAUGAUAAUGAUCAACAAAUACAAAAAACACCAUUUGAUCAUAUUGUAACAAAAUUUUAUUCAUCAAUGGAUUGUGGACAACAAGCAAGAGAAAUAUUUCGUGAUCAAAUGAGUAAACAAACACCAAAUUCAUUUGUUACUUGUUGCAAUACAAUUGCAACAAUAAGUGGUGAUGAUUCAAAUAGUGAUUUUAUGAAUGAUGAUACAACUAUAAUACGUUGUCAAAUAUCAGCACCAUUACCAUCAGUACCAGAAACAGUACUACCAAUGACUGAUGAAGGCAUGUUAAAAGGACUUGAAUGUCUUUUACUUAGUGAACCAAUGCCAAUUGCAAUAACAACAACAACAACAACAAAUGAUGAAGAAUCAUUUCUUACACUUGAACAAGAAUGUAAAAUGGAUUCAGAAAUAUUUAUUGAUCGUCCUCGACGAAAAACAAUUGUAGAAACAAAUGUAGCUGCAGUUAUUAUGGAUGAUAAAAUGGAAGAUGAUUAUUCACAAAAAGAAAAUAUUACACCUCAACAACAACAGAUUAAUGAAAUUCAUAUAGAUAAACUUGAUAAUGAUACUCAUUUUAUUUCACCUAUUAUGUCAGUCCCUAUUGGACAACAACAACCGGUGAUGCCGAAACUACUCGAACAAAUUGAUACAAUUGAUCCUUAUUAA